GAGAAACGAAAGGGAUAACAGAAGUAGAAAGCUAGGAACAGAAUAAACACGACACCGUCGUUGGUUGUUGUUUUGCCAACGUUACGGAACAACCGCAGCAUUGUCUCCACUAUAUAACCGUUGUGACAUUUUGGGGUCUAUUGUGUGUGCCCAAUUAUUGUGUCCUCAAUUUAAUGGUUGAUGCGUGUUUGAUGGGAUGGGAGCUCAGAAGAGCAUCCAUGCUGGGAAAGCAAAGAUUGACGUUAAUGUUGAUUUUACUCACAAGCUAUGCGCUUCUCUGAUGCUCCCUACUCUCAGGAGUACUGGCAGUCCAUUUUCACUGGUAAUUGGGAGUCUCUGCAUCAAACACCCAAAUUUGUUUGGUGGAAGUGAGAAGCUCGAUGUUUCGUGGGACAAAGGUUUAUAUGAUUCAAAUGUCUUAGUUGCGUAUAGAAGGCCACGACCAGAGUGGCUUGCACAGCAGUCUUUUGUAUUACAGCAUUCUCUUUCACCCGAGAUUGGAAUCCAUGGUAUCCCUGUAAACAAUUUCUCUCGCUCAGGUAGCGGAGGAAUAAAUUUAUCUCGAUUGUCAGUGGGAAUUGAUCUAAAGGAACCAGCUAGUUCAAAAUGGAGCAGCACAACCAGUAUAAAGUUUGAGCAUGUUCGUCCACUGAAUGAUGAUGGUCGCGCUAUAAGUAGAGAUUAUGAUGGAUUUCCUUUGACAUCCAGUGGCAAUCCACAAGACAGCAUGGUAGUGUUAAAGCAAGAGUCUCAAUUUGCGAAGGCGAAUGAUAAUAGCUUUUUUCAUUUUAAUCUUCAAAUAGAACAAGGUGUUCCAGUUCUUUCUAAGUGGAUAAUCUUCAAUCGAUUUAAAUUUGUUGCUUCAAAGGGAAUCAAACUUGGACCAGCAUUUCUCUUGACAAGACUAACAGGUGGCUCAAUUGUCGGGGACAUGGCUCCUUACCAAGCAUUUUCAAUCGGAGGGCUAGGAAGUGUGCGAGGGUAUGGAGAAGGAGCGGUUGGAUCUGGGCGAUCUUGUCUAGUGGCUAAUAGUGAACUGAGACUCCCUUUGAAUAAGAUGUUGGAGGGUGCCAUUUUCUUGGAUUGUGGAACAGACUUGCGGUCUGGUCACCUUGUACCUGGAAAUCCAGCUCUGAGACAGGGUAAACCAGGAUCUGGAGUUGGAAUGGGAUAUGGACUUCGAUUUAAAUCACAGUUUGGUCAUUUUCAAGUUGAUUAUGCUAUUAAUGCAUUUCAGCAGAGAACUCUAUAUUUUGGCCUCAGCAACCUUCCUUCAUGAGGAGGUUGUUGAUCCUUAGUGCAUUCCUCUAGCACACAGGGUUCUGAAGCUAGAAUAUUUUUGCCUACAAUUCUAGGCUUCGUAAAGUUAAUGAGCACCAUGCAUUCUCCCCUUUUCUAAGUCCAGGGUACACUUUGCAUGUGGAGAGGGGAAUCACUAUCAGGUUCUUUUUCUUCCAAUAGUUGGAGAUUUGGUGGCAAUUUUGUAAGGCUUUUGGUUUUUAGCAAAAUAGGUGCAGACAUGUUGAUUAUUUAUUGUAAAUGUUUUUCAUUGGAAAGGAAAUAGGAUUGUAUUCUUCGACAUGAAUAAAAGUACACAGAACUUUAUACAAAA